CGGGGAGCCGCCCGGCGGGGCGCUUAUAGCGGGCGGGCGGGCGGCGGGCGGCGGCGCCAUCAGCAGCAUGGAGGGAGGGCGGCAGGUGGCCAACUUCGGGGCCGGGCCGGCCAAGCUGCCGCGAUCCGUACUGCUGGCAGCACAGAAAGAACUGGUGGACUACAAAGGCCUUGGCAUUAGUGUUCUUGAAAUGAGCCAUCGAACUGCAGAUUUCACAAAAAUUUUAAAUACAGCUGAAAAUCUCUUGCGUGAAUUGCUAAAUAUACCAGAAAACUACAAAGUUAUUUUCCUCCAAGGAGGUGGAUCUGGUCAGUUCAGUGCAGUCCCACUUAACCUUAUUGGCUUAAAGGAGGGAAGACAUGCGGAUUAUGUGGUUACUGGAGCUUGGUCAGCAAAAGCAGCUAAAGAAGCAGAGAAGUAUGCCAAAGUGAAUAUUGUUCAUCCGAAGCUAUCAACCUACACAAACAUUCCAGACCCAAGCACUUGGAAUCUCAAUCCAGAUGCAUCUUAUGUCUAUUACUGUGCUAAUGAAACAGUUCAUGGUGUGGAGUUUGACUUUGUACCCGAUGUCAAAGGUGCAGUUUUGGUUUGUGAUAUGUCAUCAAAUUUCCUGUCAAGACCCGUGGAUGUUUCCAAGUUUGGUGUGAUUUUUGCUGGUGCUCAGAAGAAUGUUGGCUGUGCUGGAGUUACUGUUGUAAUAGUACGUGAGGACUUGCUGGGAUUUGCACUGAAGGAAUGCCCGGUAGUACUGGAUUACAAAACACAAGCAGCGAAUGGCUCUUUGUAUAACACUCCACCAUGCUACAGUAUCUACAUCAUGGGGCUGGUACUGGAAUGGAUAAAGAAUAAUGGUGGAGCUGCAGCCAUGGAUAAACUUAGUUUAAUCAAAUCACGAAUGAUUUAUGAUAUCAUAGACAAAUCUAAUGGAUUCUAUGUAUGUCCAGUGGAGAAGAAGAACCGAAGCAGAAUGAAUGUCCCCUUUCGCAUUGGCAAUAUCAAGGGCGAUGAAGCCCUGGAAAAGAAGUUCCUUGAGAAAGCUGUGGAACUUAACAUGUUAUCCCUGAAAGGACAUAGAUCUGUGGGAGGAAUCCGUGCCUCUUUAUAUAAUGCAGUGACUGUGGAAGAUGUUCAGAAGCUUGCAACAUUCAUGAGAAGCUUCAUGCAGAUGCAUCAGUCAUAAAUGCUCAUGGGUUAGAGCCAUGCUGCACAUCUGUGAAAUGAAAGUUAAAGGGUUUUAAAAUUACUGUGGUUCUGCACAGCUGUAGCGCACAAGUUAUAUUUUCUUUUAGUUUCAGUAGCUAUUUUAGUUAACAAUACGGGAUUUAGGCCCAAUCUUGCAAGGGUUUGGCAGCUUUGGCUUGUCUCCAAAGGUGGGGAUCCCAGACCGAUCAAGAUUGGAACCAAAAUUUGCAAAGCAAUAUUCUUAACAUGUAGUUAGCCAUGAGUAACGUUGUAAGAUGCUAUGAAUCUCAUUCUGACCUUAGAUAUGCCACUGUACUACUUAGUUGAAAUCAGCCACUCUUUGAUUAUACAUAUACCUGGAAUAGGAAUUCACACUACAAUUUGAAUUGAGGAAGAACUCACCUAUUACUUGUUUCUAGUUACAAUGACUUCUUCAAAGAUACCUUGUUCUGAGUAAACUUCCGAAGGCAAGAUGUCUCAUAAGCUUUCAGUAGAGCUUUAUAAAUGAUUUUACUAUAUGACUGCACAGUAAGUGUUGAACUAAUGUUAAGUGUUCUCUAAGGAUAUCUAGUUGGCUUAUCAAAUAUAUCUCAAUGGUAUACCACUAGUAGUUUUUGGGAGUUAAUACCUAUUUUCCUAACUUAAGGCCAUUACCUUCAGACCUUUGCUCCCAUGUGAUAAGUGCUAUUAUGAUAGUCCUGUGUAAUACACACUAGUUAAGUCUGUAGCACUGGGCUUCUUCUGGUAUUACCAUUUAUUGGUUGAAAGCUAAGAUGCAUGAAUCUAUAAUCAAAACAAUUUCUGAGACGUUGCUUAUUUCUCUAUGCAUUUUAUAGUUUGAACUUUUUUAGGUUAUUAAUUUUAUAUUCUGUGGAGUGUACAUAUUUGAUGCUCCUACCAAAACCCUGAUGUUCUAAGGUAUUAACCUUGUGCCAAACUGGAUUGUUGAAUUCCACUCAAUGUGGCUUUAUCUGCACCAACUUCCUAGUCCAAAAUGCACCAAACUUUCUUGUCUGGUGGUGCUUAAAUAUCUUUCCCCUCUAACUGCUCCAGUGUUUUCUUAGCCUCCUCACCGAUCAGUUCUGUCACCUUUUGUAUGUUGGGCUCUGCACAAGUACUGUAAGUGAAAGUCUCAACUUCUCUACCUGUUCCUGACACUACAUUACACGGUCCAAUUUUCUCACUUGGGCCUUGUGGCUUAUUCCAGACUUUGAUACUCUGGAGUAAGGAAGAAACUGUGGUUAUGCAAAGAUCUUCAGAAGGUCUUUUAUUGUAAUACCUUUCAUGGGUUACUUUUCCUUCUUCACCUGUGAAUUUGUUGCCAAUUAUUGUAUAUUGGUACUAGCUUCUUAUUAUAAAUGACAUAAAGCUGGUAUCACAAGGUUUAGCAUUACUGCAACUGGUUUCAUACUGCAAACUCUUGAUAAAGAAUUAAGUCUUUUUUUUUUUUUAAUGUCAGUACAGUGGUAACAAUUCAAUGGUAAUGAUGGACUGCUUCUUUCCUUGUGGAACCUUGCGACAAGUUAGUGGAGCUGCACAAGGGGUGAAUUACUUUCCUAUUUGAAAAGUCAUUAUUUUAUGACUGCUGUUAGGAGAUUUUUUUUGUCAAUUUAAUGUAAUUCACAGUAAUUAAAUGAAUUGGGUCAAGACAAUAAAACUUGUCACAGCAUGCUGUGAAGUACCAA